UAAGAAUCCCGCCCAUGGAGGGCGCAGCUCUCCUCACGGAGGGGCGUUAGCGAGCAUGCGCAGUGAUCGACGCGCUCCCUUGCCCCAGCUGAGUUGGUCGAUGUCUGUGGAGAGGGAAGGAGGGCGCCGAGGAUGAAGAAGGCGGCCAGCCGGGCCUCCACCGCCGCGCCCAAGGCCAGCGCCGCCAACCCCGGCCCCGCCGGGAACAACAGCAAGGCCGCCGCCGCCGAGAAGAUCAAGGCCGAGGGCGCCGCCUCUCUUCCCGCCUCCGCCGCCAAGGCCCUCAAGGCCGGGACGCCCCUCCUCAAGACUAAGAGCAGCGAUGACCUCCUAGCAGCUGGAAUGGCGGGUGGAGUGGCCUUGAGCAAUGGCGGAGGAGGCGGAGUCAAAGGGAAGAAGAGUUGCCCCUCCUCCAGUGCCCCUCCCCUCCCUCCCUCUUCUGCUGCCAAUCCUACAAACAGCAGCAGCAACCCAGAGAGCAAGGCCAAGCCUUUCGCAGGUGCCAAUAUGGCGGCCAAGCGCAGCGCCUCCUCCUCGGGUGCCAAGGACCGCCUCCGCUCCCGCCCCAUGGCCUCCAAGAAGCUCCCUGGCGAACCCUCCUCCUCUUCCUCCUCUUUGCUGACCACCAAACGCUCACGCUCCCGUGUGGCCGAGGCCCACCUGCCCAAGUCCAAGUCGGACACGCAGAUCAUGGCGGCUGACCGGUCCUCUUUGGAGGCCGCCCUCAAGGCCAAGGAGGCGGAGAUCCUGCGGCUGCGGGGGGAGCUGCGAGGGAAGGCCGAGCCCCUCUCAGGCCAGUCGGGAGCCUCCAGUGAGGGAGCAGAGGUGCCCGCCCAAGCCGAGCCCGAGGCAGCCUCCAUCCGAGAAGAGCUGGCCCGGCUGAAGAGCGAGAACCGGAUGCUGAAGGACCGCCUGAAUGCCCUGGGCUUUGAGCGGAUGACCCCGUCGGCCGAGGGCUCCUUGGAGGACCUCCUGGGCCACCACUCUCAGGACAACAGCGAGAGCAGCGAAGCCUACCACCCCUUGACCUCCAGCGACGACGCUCUGGACGCCCCCUCCUCCUCCGAGUCGGAGAACGGGGGAAACAACAACAGCAAUGAGAACAACGAGCUCUCCUUGGCCGGCCUGACCGAGCGCAUCCACCAAAUGGAGGAGAACCAGCACAGCACUUCAGAGGAGCUGCAAGCCACGCUCCAGGAACUGGCCGACCUGCAGCAGAUCACCCAGGAGCUGAACAGCGAGAACGAGCGGCUGGGCGAGGAGAAGCUCAUCCUCAUGGAGUCGCUGUGUCAACAGAGCGACAAGCUGGAGCAUUUUGGGCGGCAGAUCGAGUACCUGCGCUCGGUGCUGGACGAGAGCGAGGUGGGCUACAUCCUGGAGGGAGACCUGAAGAGCAACCGCUACCUGGAGCUGGAGCAGCGCUACGUGGACCUGGCCGAGAAUGCCCGCUUUGAGCGGGAGCAGCUGCUAGGCGUGCAGCAGCACCUGAGCAACACGCUCAAGAUGGCCGAGCAGGACCACGCGGAGGCCCAGGCGGUGGUGUCGGCCCUGAAGGAGCGGGUGCACCUGGCCGAGCGGGCCCUGGAGGCUGAGCGGGAGGCCAACGCGGCCCUGGCCCUGGCCCUGGAGGAGUGCCGCGCCGGAAGGGACGGGGAGCGGGCCGAGCUGGCUCGCACGGAGGCCGCGCUGGAGGCUGAGCGGGAGAAGCUGGCCGAGCUGUACGCCCUGCACCGCGGCGGCAUGGAGGAGAGGGACAUCCGGGGCCUGCUGGAGGGGGCCCGGGCCGAGAAGGAGGAGGCCCAGGCCCAGGCCGCCCAGGCCAAGGAGGAGAGGGAGCGCGCCAAGGCCGAGGCCGCACGCAGCCACGAGGCCCUCGAGAAGCUGGAGGCGGAGCUUGCCUCGGUGCGCCUGGAGGCAGAGCGGGAGGCGUCGGAGCUGUCAGUUGCCGUGGGGACGCUGGGGGCGGAGCUGGAGGGCUCCCUGGCGGAGGGGCGGGAGCUGAAGGAGCGCCUCUUUGAGCUGGAGGACGAAGUGGAGCAGCACCGGGCCCUCAAGCUCCACCACGACCUCCUCGCCACAGACCUUCACAACACUGUGAAGAAGCUUCAGGACCAAAAGCACGACAUGGAAAGAGAGAUCAAGACUCUUCACAGACGACUCCGGGAGGAGUCUGCGGAGUGGCGGCAGUUCCAGGCGGACCUGCAGACGGCGGUGGUGAUAGCGAAUGACAUCAAGUCGGAAGCGCAGGAGGAGAUUGGGGAGCUCAAGCGGAGGCUCCACGAGGCCCAGGACAAGGGCGAGAAGCUGGCCAAGGAGCUGGAGGAGAUCAAGUCCCGCAAGCAGGAGGAGGAGCGGGGCCGGGUGUACAACUACAUGAAUGCGGUGGAGCGGGACCUGGCGGCCUUGCGCCAGGGGAUGGGCCUCAGCCGGCGCUCCUCCUCUUCCUCCUCCUCUGCCAACGCGGCCUCCUCCGCCUCCGAGCCCUUGGCCCCCGCCCUCACCGUCAAGACCCUCAUCAAGUCCUUUGACUCCGCCUCCGCCUCCUCCGCACCAGGGCCGAGUCCCUCUUCCUCGUCUGCCUCCUCGAUGCCCCGGACCCCUCUGAGCCCCAGCCCUAUGAAGACCCCUCCGGCCGCAGCCGUCUCCCCAAUGCAAAGGCAUUCCAUCAGUGGCACCAUCUCCUCCCCGAAGCCCCUUUCGGACAAAAGGCCGGCCUUCACAGAGAUCCCCACCCAAGGUACAAAAGACCACCUUCUGAGGCCUUCGCCUUCAACCAGGGUCCCUGCCAUGGAAGGCUCCAAGUCUAUUUCCGCCUCUUCCCGCCGCAGCAGUGAAGAGAUGAAGAGGGAACUCUCUGCUCCGGAUGGACCCGCCUCUUCCUCUGCCGCCAACCCCUCCCCCUCUCCCACCGCCUCUGUCACGCCAACAACACGCAGCCGCAUCAGGUACACGGAGGAGCGGAAGGACCCCCUUUCUGCUUUGGCCAGAGAAUAUGGCGGCUCCAAGAGGAACGCCCUCCUCAAGUGGUGCCAGAAAAAGGCCGAGGGCUACCAGAACAUUGACAUCACAAACUUCAGCAGCAGCUGGAACGACGGCUUGGCCUUCUGUGCGGUUCUCCACACUUACCUCCCGGCCCACAUCCCUUACCAGGAGCUCAACAGCCAGGACAAGAGGAGGAACUUCACCUUGGCUUUCCAAGCGGCCGAAAGCGUCGGCAUCAAGUCCACUCUGGACAUUAACGAGAUGGUACGGACGGAGCGCCCGGAUUGGCAGAACGUCAUGCUGUACGUGACGGCCAUCUACAAAUACUUUGAAACCUGAGAGAUGAGAAGGUUUCAACCCUCUUGAAAACCGAAUCCUCCCAGGAAAAUUCUCCAGAACAAAUGGCCUUCUCUUCUUCUUCUUCGCACAAUUGACUGAAAUUGCAAAAUUGCCUGGAGGAGCCACAGUCGUGUCAAAUGUUCCCGGAGCCUUGACGAACCAAUUUCUCAAGUUUCUCAUUAUUAUUUUUGUUAUUGUUGUUCAGUAACAAAUAUCUUUGGUGAUCCGCGUUUCCGGAAGAGUCUACUUUUCCAUCUAUUUUUGCCAGUAAAACGAAUGAAUAUUAACAGCGUUUCUGGAACAUUCUAUUUUUCAAUAUCUUUUUCCCAUUUUACCGAAUGAAGAUGAACGGUGUUUCCGGAACAAUCCUUAACCAUUUUUGUUUUGUUUUCCAGCGAAUAGAUUAAGCUCCUAUUCAGAAUGAAUUGUAUAUGUCUUGCCUCUGUGGGGCCUAUAUAGAGAUAGAUACAAUACAUAAUGUUUUGUUUGUUUUUUUCCUUUCAUUAUCUUAAUUUUUCUCGCCUUCGUUAUCUGCCAGUCACCUUUAUAACCUUGGAAAGAAAAUGAGACAAGGAUAUACAUUUGCAGUUGCUUUUAAGCCGGAAAAUGCCCGAAAAAGAGGAUUGUAUUCGAUGAGAAAUGGGAUUCGAGGAAGUGCCUUAAUUAGGAUCCUGGGUUAAUUAAUUGCCUCAUUUAGAAAGUAAUGAAAGUGAAGAUCCUCCUGCUGCCGUAUUAUUAGGAUUACUUUUUUUAAUAUUAUUUCAUAAUUUGGUUGCCUUUGUUGUUUGUUGUGCAUAUUUUGGCCACUUUUCGAUUUUUCAUUGUGCCUCAUGAGACGCUUUCCUGAAUGUUUGUGAAGGACUGAGAAUGUAAAAUAUACCAUCUUACCCCAUUUGAGGAUGGUCUUUUGAGAACGGAAACAAGGAUAAAACCAGGAGAAAAAUUGGGGGGGGGGGGGGGGAAUGAAAAGAAAAUGGGAGAAAAACGGGAGAAAAAAUGAGAGGAAAACAGGAUGGACAAGGAAGAAAAUAAUGAAAACGGGAUGAAAAACAAGAGCAAAAUGAGAUGAGCAACGAUAAAAAUGAGAGAAAAGGGGAUGAAAACAAGACAAAAAUGAGAAAAAUGUAUCAAAAUGAGAAAAACAAGAUUAAAAACGGAAAUGAGAGAAACAAGAGAAACUAAAAAAGAAAAGCAGAUGAAAACAAGAACAAGAAAAUGGAAUAAAAAGAAGGAGAGAAGAAGGAGAAAAAACAAGAACUUAAAACGAGAUAUGGAAAAACAACAAAAUGAAAAUGAGAAAAAUAAGAUGAGAACAAGAGAAAAGGAUAAAAAACAAGAGAAAACAGGAUAAACUCUACAGAGGAAUUGUCUUAUUCGGUGAUUUUUCUUAGUGCCAUAAAUACGAGUCAGAUUCUAACGCAACUUAACCAACUUCUCGUUUUCUUCAAGCUCCUUGUUUGCUGUUUUCUUCUUCCAAGUUACGAGAUUAAUCUGGAUCAAGGUUUUUCUCUCAUGUUAUAUGAUGGAAAAUGAGAGCAACUUACUGCCAAUGGUUUUUCUCCGGGAAUCCGGAACAUUCUGCCAACUUUAAAAAAAUGAAAAACAUACGAGAUAAAUUAACUUCCUUGUUUCCGGUGCCUCUUCGUUGUUGUUGUUUUGUUAAUGAGUUAUUAAUAUUAUUUAUUUGCAUAUAUAACCUGAGAAACACUAUGUUCCUUUUCCCCACAUUUGAGAUGAUUUGUAAUCGUUUUGUAGGAAACAAGGAUGGGUUGACUCAUUAAUGUCUGGGUUUAAUUCCUGGCUCCCUCCGCAAAGAUUGUGUUCGUUAUCCUGACUUUUAAUUGAUUUGUCCAAAAACAAAAGCACAAAAAUCUAUUCUAGAAAAUGAGACUCUCGACCUGCCUUUUUGACUGAGAAAUAUACACUUUAAAAUGUAAAUAUAUAUGUGUGUGUGUUAUUAUUAAAUUUCCUUUUUUUGAAAAUGCAGUAAAAA